AUGACCAAGCAGCAUGCCAUCCGAUAUGAGGCCUAUGUGGAGGCCAACCGGACAUUCCUCCGGCGGCAGCAGGCGGAGAUCGACGCGCUCCUCGACGAGCUCGACGCGGAGGAGGCCGGAGCGGAGCAGCUGGAGGCGCGGAGGAGGCGGAGAUGCAGCUGGCGCCCAUGCUGCCGGAGCCGGGUAUGGAGAUCGUUGACAUCUCUGACGACGAAUGCUCUAAGUCCAAAAUGGAAAACGCUCGGCCACUCCGCAAGCACCAAACACGGUGUCCAUGGCAGUGAUGCCUCGCUUCCACUCCACCACGCCCACUCCCCGCCUCCUCCGCCGCCUCUCCUCCACCUCCGCCUCCACCUCGGCGCCCCCACGCUGCUGGGAUCCCAGCGCCGCCCUCACCGCGGCCACGGAGCGCGUCCGCGCCGGGACGCUCAGCCCGGCAGACGCACACCACCUGUUCGACGAAUUGUUGCAGCGGCCAACCCCGGUCCCUGGUCCAGCCCUGAACGGCUUCCUCGCGGCCCUUGCCCGUGCUCCAGCCUCCGCCGCCUGCAGAGACAGCCCCUCCCUCGCCGUCUCUAUCUUCAACCGCCUGUGCCGAGAGCCAGCCCACAUGGACAUGCGUCGCCUCUUACAGCCCACACCUACGGCAUCCUCAUGCGCUGCUGCUGCCGCGCGCGCCGCCCUGGCCUGGGGCUUGCCUUCUUCGGCCGCCUCCUCAGGACGGGCCUGAGGACAGACGGCGUCGACGCAUACGCCCUCAUCAAGUGCUUCUGCCUCGCAAAACGGACAGACGAGGCUGUCAGCGUGCGGCUCCAUAGGUUGCCUGAACUCGGCCGUGUACCUGAUGCUUUAUCAUACUCCGUUGUUCUGAAGGUCUUGUGUGACGAUGGCAGGAGCCAGCGAGCGCUCGGCCUGCUCCAGAUGAUGUGGAAAGAGGGAGGUGGCUGCGCCCCUAAUGUGGUGGCGUAUAGCACUGUCAUCCACGGCUUCUGCAAGGAAGGCAAAGUAAGCAAGGCAUGCGAGCUGUUCAAUGAAAUGGUGCAGCAAGGAGUUAAGCCUAAUGUGGUGACAUACACCCAAGUGAUUGAUGCGCUGUGCAAGGCAAGAGCAAUGGACAAGGCAGAGUCGUUCCUUCGGCAUAUGGUUGAUAAUGAUGUUCGACCCAACAACGUGACAUAUAAGUGUAUCAUCCAGGGAUAUUCCUCUUUGGGCUGGUGGGAAGAGGCAGUAAAAAUAUUCAGAGAAACGACAAGCCGGGGUCUUAUACUAGAUGAUGUUACUCGCAACUCGUUCGUGUCCUCCCUUUGCAACCAUGGAAGAAGCAAGGAAGCUGCGGAGAUUGCCCAUCAGAUAAUUGAAAAUGGAACAACAGUGAGCAUUUCCACAUACGGUAUAAUUCUUGGAGAACUUUGUAGGAAUGAUUGCACCGAGGAAGCAAUCGUACUGUUCCACAAAUUAGGUGCAGUGGAUGUGAAGUUCGAUAUUACAAUAUUCAAUACCAUGAUUGAUGCAAUGUACAGGGUUCGAAGAAGAGAAGAAGCUAACAUUUUGUUUGCUGCAAUAUCUGCCAAUGGAUUGGUACCUAAUGCUUCUACUUACAGAAUAAUGAUAACAAAUCUUUUAAAAGAAGGAUCAAUGGAAGAAGCUGAUCAUAUGUUCUCAUCAAUGGAGACGAGUGGUUAUGCUCCCAGCUCUGUUCUGUUAAAUGAUAUCAUUAGAAUGUUGCUAGAAAAAGGUGAGAUAGUCAAGGCUGGAAAUUAUUUGUCUAAAGUUGAUGGGAAGAGCAUCUCACUUGAAGCUUCAACUGGUUUGUUGAUGAGGCAUCUAUUUUCAACGGAAGGAAAAUAUCAUGAGCAAAUAAAAUCACUCCCUGAAAGGGAAAUGUAUAGCCAAGAAUUCACCGGUGCGAGUUUUCGCUUAAGUCCACAAGGCACCAACACCAUUUUGGUGACAGAGGAGAAGGAACUAAAGCAUUUGCUUGACGAGAAAUUCUUGCUCUCACGCACAUGUACAGUCCUGUCUGGUUUUGGUGCCCUAAAUGCUCCACUGCUGCGACUUUUACUUUCUCUUUUACAACUUGAAAGUCAGUUGUUUUACAACAUAGCCUGGGGAUCAGAGUGAGAGCAAAGACACAGGAGCAGCACAAAACAUGAUAUCUUGCUGGACUGGCAUCAAUGGGGUUGGCAACACUCUGCUCGGGCUCUGUGAAGAUGUUCUGGACAAGUUUGUGUUUGACUGUUUGUUACAGUUCACUGAUGAUCUUAAUCUGGUUUGCGAAAUUCCGAGAAUUGUUUCAGGCUUUAUUUGAUACCAACUGGAGUGACUGUUAAUACUCCUUUGAUUUACUCUUCACAUGCAUCACAAAGAUUCUGUGUAGACAUUUUUGUUUUCCUUGUUAUACCCCACCAAGAAUGCUGUCGAGUCUUUGCUCGGGCUUUUCUCAAUCAUCUGGGGACAUGAACUAGAACCAUUCCUGUCAAGACUAGCUCCCUGGAAAUUAAGACAAGACACAAUCCCUACAUAUAUGGUAGCUGAAACUUUGUAUUCUAGCUAGUUAAGCUGGCCCCUCUUUUGUGUAAAACUCUUGUAUGUCUUGUGUAGUAGUACAUGGAUUGCAGAUUUUAGUAAAAUAUUCUUUGCUUAAGAGAUUUUUGUAGGCUCUGU